AUGGCCUCUGCCUCGAAUGACUCCGGCCCCAGUGCUGAUGGCGUGUCCAAGACGGUGCUCCACGAAGCCCCAGACCCCUACACCACCAUGGCACAGUUCUCGCUGGCCCCAGCCACAAAGACUACAGUAGUCACAACCACGUAUACCACAACCACCACUUUCCCGCCCCUCUGUGUAAAUGCCCCCGGAAGCCUGGCUGAACGAGACCCCAAAGAUUACCCGCUGGCCCACGUCCAAGCACCGGAGUCGAUACGGAAGUUCUAUUUUGAAUCUGGAGGCGAACUGGCAUGCUUUGAGGAAGCAGACACUGCAUCGGAGCGGGUGCGAGAGAGAUCACUCCAGGAAGCCCUCCGAUCAAAGGGAAAAGUUCAGAAAGUCGAAUCUUUUAAUGGAUCCCCAGUCUUCGCCACACCCAACCGCACGACGCGUCCCAAGUAUCGAGCACAUCAAGGACUACGCUCCGUGUCUGCUCGCCGAAAACGAGACAAUGCAGACGAAUCACCCCCGCCUCCAUCAAUUACCAAGGCUGUCGAGUUGGUGGGUAUGCAUCGCCAAAGCAAAAAACCCAGGUUAGAGCGUGACAAGGCUACUGACCCUACACAAAUGGCCCACAACAGCGCACCAGAAGAUACCGAGGGUUCGUGUCCAGCUACACCUGAAACAAACAAAGGGGAGAUGGGCGCAUCUCGUCUGCUAAAAACCCGACCUAGCCCGUUCCCCAAGCCUAGCGCACGAGCGACAUCGCAGCAACUCGGACUGGGCAGAACGCCAUCCAGGUGGCAUCUUCGAGAGGCUUCUACUGCAUCUGCGCAGCCCGAAGGUAGUCAUUCCAACCAGCGCGAACACUCUCCAGAGCAUUCAUUCCCUACAGGAGUGGUUGACGGUCCUGGCGUUGCUGCUACUCCCCCAAUAGCCGAGUCGGACCUGGAACCGGUCGGACCUUUUAUUGAACAUGGUUCCUUCUCUACCUCACGACUUGCCCCUCUCGAUACGAAUUCUGUACAGGAUGCUAGCUUGCCGAGCCCUAGUUUAUCGCCCAUCACUGCCGCCGCAAACCUUGCCCAGCAAAACAGCAAUGGGACUUUAUUUUCGGCCAUGGACAUGGACUACGAUGCGAGCGAACUUUCCGGACUCGACCUCUCCCAGGGCGAGUCGAGCAAUUCGCGCCCAGGCGACUUUCCUCUUUUCCCCCAUGGCGAACGCAUGGAUGACUCCAAUACCCAACUACCGACCCCUUCCAUCAUGGAUAUACCAAACAUGCUCAACUCUUUUGAUGCUCUGCCAGAACAGAUGAAGUCGUAUGUUCUUUAUCAAAUGCUCCGACGAUGCAAAAAACCGACUUUGCACUUUGUUGCAGAUGUAGUGAACCCCGCUCUCAAACGUGACUUUAUCGCCUCACUUCCUACUGAGCUGAGCUUAGAGAUCAUCGGUUAUCUGGACGUCAAGAGCAUGUGCAGCGCUGCACGGGUAUCAAAGUAUUGGCGAAAGCUAAUCGACACUCAUGAGUCUGCCUGGAAGGAUCUGCUUGACAGGGACGGUUACAGGUUGCCACACGGUGAGCUGGAACGAGCUGUACAGGAAGGCUGGGGAUGGCAAUAUCCUCACUCGGCUGACAGUUAUGAGCGUGACUUGAGGGCCCAGUCAAUAACUUCCCGGUCCGACAACGAAGGCUUUUCAGGCUUUCCGAGCUCGAGUUUGCCUGGCGGUCUGCAAGACCAAGAAGGUGCAGUGACCCGAUCCUCAUCAACGCGUCAAAAGAGGAAAGCUACCAGCAAACACGGCAGUGGCAGCGGCAAGAAGCAACGCAAGAAUCGAGCCUCGACUAAAACACAGGCCGCGCUGUAUUUGCGUCCCGCCGAUCUUCAUGAAGGACCGCACGCUUUCGCCAAGCGUGCAGAAGCUGCCAUCUCGGAUCCCAACGUGGGCUUACCUAGUCUACGCGCUAUGCAUCUCUUCAAAUCCUUGUACCAAAGGCAUCAUCUCAUACGCAAGAGCUGGAUGGCUGAGGAAACUAAGCCAAAACAUAUUGCGUUCCGUGCACAUCAACGCCACGUGGUGACCUGCUUACAGUUUGAUACGGACAAAAUACUCACUGGCAGUGACGACACAAAUAUCAACGUUUACGACACCAAGACAGGAGCACUGCGUAAUCGUCUCGAGGGGCAUGAAGGUGGCGUAUGGGCCCUUCAGUACGAAGGCAACACACUGGUGUCAGGCUCUACCGACCGCUCCGUGCGCGUAUGGGACAUCGACAAGGGAGAGUGCACACACGUGUUCCAGGGUCACACAUCGACCGUCCGAUGCUUGGUGAUCCUCAAGCCAACGCAUAUUGGCGAGACCAUCGAUGGUCAACCCAUCAUGAUGCCAAAGGAGGAGCUCAUCAUCACUGGUUCACGUGAUUCAACGCUUCGUGUAUGGAAGCUUCCUAAGCCAGGUGAUCGGAGCGUUAUUCAAACCGGAGCAUCUGCAAACGACCAUGAUAACCCUUACUUCAUACGCGCUUUGACUGGGCACCAUCAUUCAGUGCGCGCUAUCGCUGCUCACGGGGACACUCUGGUGAGCGGUAGCUACGAUUGUACGGUUCGAGUGUGGAAAAUCUCGACCGGAGAAGUUCUCCAGCGUCUUCAGGGCCAUUCACAAAAGGUCUACAGUGUUGUCCUUGAUCAUGCUCGGAAUCGCUGCAUCAGUGGAUCCAUGGAUAACAUGGUGAAGGUCUGGUCUCUGGAGACAGGUGCUUGUAUAUUCACGCUUGAGGGACAUACGUCUCUGGUUGGUCUCCUUGACCUGAGCCAUGGACGCCUAGUAUCUGCGGCUGCUGACUCCACUCUUCGCAUUUGGGAUCCGGAAAACGGGCAGUGCAAGAGCCGACUUUGUGCCCAUACCGGUGCCAUUACCUGUUUCCAACACGACGGGCAAAAGGUCAUAUCUGGCUCUGACCGUACUCUGAAGAUGUGGAAUGUCAAGACGGGCGAGUUUGUGAAGGAUUUGUUGACUGACCUGAGCGGCGUGUGGCAGGUCAAGUUCAACGAGCGGCGCUGUGUCGCUGCUGUUCAGCGCAACAGCAUGACGUAUAUCGAGGUUCUUGAUUUCGGCGCUUCACGCGACGGUGUUCCCGCUGAACAGCGAGGACGGCGCAUUGUUGUUAAUUCCAAGGGCCAUGAGAUUGAAGAUGUCACUGAUGCCGAGCCUAUGGAUGCAGAGCAGGCCUAGGCUCAGACACGAAACACAGACACAAACAGCAUAUCAUUUGGGGCUGGCGCGAAUGUUUCCACUUGUACAAAAGCGAUACCCAAAACCGCACUUUGGCGAACGAAUUGAUGACACGGCAUCCGAGUUUUAUUAUUUCAGUUGGUAAUGUGGCAUGGACUAGUGUAGGCACAGCCUUGGCCGCUUCUUUUGGCGCACAGCAAGGUGUGAGGAAGGAUGCUUGCACAUGCACACAUGCAGGAGUAUGGGCGUUUUGUUUGUUACAUAUGCAUAGCUAGGGCGUUUUCGACAUUGCUAGUUACAGUCUGCAUUUGGCGGAGACUUGGGGUUUACCAUUGACAUGAGGAUCAUGACGGGGCCUGCGGCUUGUACAGGUCCAGAACCAUGUCAAAUACAUCAGUUUAAUUAU